UGAAAUGACUUUUCAAACAUUUACCAAAAAGCGAAGAAAAUUAGAUUUCUGACAGUUACUACUAUUAUUUUGAUGCUUUGAAGACUUAGGCAAACCUUUUCUUUACUUUCGAUUUAAUUGAGACCAUUUUUAUAGGCCAGUGUUUGUUUGUUGGGUUGUCAAGGUGCUCAUUACGUACAUUAAUUAGUUAGGCAAAUAUACCAAUCCAAUAUGGUGGAUCUUAUUAAUCCUUAUUCUUUCAGUUUUUAGCCGUAUUUUCGAUUGAAAAUGCCUCAGUCUUUUCUAAAACUAAGCUAAAAACCUACUGAUGCUAGAGAAAUACUUAUUUUUAAAGCCAAACUUUUCAUCUCAGGACGGCAUGCCGUCAAAUUAUUAGUCGAUCCAUUCCGGAAUUACGUAUUGAAUUCGAAACGUUUAAGAUUUGAAGUCUUCUAGUUGUUCUUCAAUCUCGUCUUCGUCUGAACAUGGGCUGUGGAUCUUCUGCUUCUGAACCAGUACAUGUUCAACAUGUACAGCCAAUUCAGCAAGUACAGCACCAUCCUCCACAACAAGUAGCUACCACAACACACUACGCAGGAGCACCAGGACCACAGUAUCCUCAAGCACGGUAUCCACAACAACGAGGUCCACCUCCUGGCUACCGACAACCCUACCCCCAACAAACUGUAGGGUAUGUUCAGCAACCUAAUGCGGUGGUUGUGCAAGACCGUGGAAGCUCCGCUGGAGAUUUUAUGGUUGGAAUGGCAGCAGGAGCAAUGAUGAGUAAUGCUAUGCAUGGGCCUCACUAUGGCUAUCACCAUGGUUACCAUGGUUACCAUGGUCACGGUUUCCAUGACCACCACCAUUCAACAGAAGUACAUCAUCAUGAACAUUUCCAUGAAGCACCAGACCAACAAGGACAGGAGUUUGACUAUGGGGUUGACCCUAAUGGUGGGGGCUAUGAUGGUGGAGGCUAUGAUGGUGGUGGAUAUGACGAUGGCGGCUAUGAUGGUGGCGGCUAUGAUGGUGGUGGUGGCUUUGACGGUGGGUUUGAUGAUGGUGGUGGAUUCGACGGUGGUGAAUAAGGACAAAAUGACCUUUUGAAUAAAUGCAAUUUCAAAGAAACAUCUACUCAAUACCUUGUGUGGUAUGGUGCAAGAGAUGAAUCAAGAAUUUUCUAAGAUCCUGGCAUUGAUAUGUUUCAAAGUUUUGCAUUUUAUAUAUAGUGCACAUAGAAAUAUUAAUAUAACUACUCAUUUAGUUACACAAUUAGGGUGUUUUGUAUGUAAUUAUUAUUUUAACUGCUCUCAGUUAAAAAGACUAUUAUUGACAAAUGAUGAUUGUUUAAUCUCCCCAAGUAUACUUCUAGUACAUGAAAAUGCCUGGCUAUACAUCAGUAAUGGGUGAUAUUGUCCAAGGUAGGAUUCAUGAGUAAAGAAAAAAUAAUAAUAAAAUGGAAAACAUUUAUCUAGAUAAACUUCACUUGGCUUACUUAAACACUCUCAAAUUUAAUUUCCAUCAAUUUCAGUUGUUGGGUUACCUGUGGUAUUUGUGCAAGGUACGGUCACCCUUCUAAAAAAAUACAAAAAGAAUCUGCUCAUAGACAUUUGCAAGAAUAGGACCUUUGCACGAUGGCGUCAUUGACCUAUACUACCAGAAUCCCUUGCACACUUUCUUUUGUUCAGUUWAUUASCACCAAUUGUCUUACUAUUCUCAUGAGGGAAUACAAAUUUAAAAUAAAAAAAUUUCGCGAAGCAUUAUGGUAGUGGGAGUCAAAUGACGCCGUCGUGCAAAUGUCCUAUUAUAUUUGAUGUUUUAGUGGUGUAGCUGAGAAGCUUCAUAGGCUUUGAACAAACCAACAUUUAUUUAAAAACUUCUUCUAAACUGCACGAGUCGAGCCUUGUUUUGGUUACCACAGGCAGCCCAAGGCAAUGGGGAUAAAAUGAGAUGACUUUAAGUCAUAUAAUGUUUAAAAACACUCCUGUGACAGGAGUUACAAGCAGUGGACAUUUGAUAUAUUUUAAUUAGGUUUUCCAUUUGGCCAUGCAUUAUUUCAGUCAUCAAGCAUUCAGUGCUACAUACAUUCAAACAAUUUUUUGAAAUUGGUAGUUUGAAAUGGAAAGCAAUUUACCAGGCCAACUUUAUGCAGCCACAUUUCUUGUGAAUAAAUACACUUAACUAUUCAACAAUUUAUAAUACUGAUACAGAUGUAAUUCAAUUGAAAUUAAGAUCAUUAAAAUUUAUCAUUUA